ACGUGCGGUCUUCCUCGCAGCCCCGCAGGAUUGAGGCAGUGCUGCAGCCCGCCGAGGGGGUGUUGGGAGGAAACCAAGGUUUGUCACAGUCACGACAGGUGAAGGUCCAGCACCGACCGCUCCGAACCGAGCUGGGAUUUUAAACAGGAAGUAAAGGACGCAGAACCACCUCUGGACCACCAGCCUGGUUCGGUUUGCAGCUUGGAACCCCACCUGAACCCCUCCUCCUCCCUGCAUCCUGCAGAUCUGAAACCUCAGAAAUCACCUGUGAUCAGACAAACAGCACACUUUAGAAGAUGGAGGGACAGGAAAAACAAGUAACAGGCUACCUGCUGUUCUCCCUGGGCACGGCGGUGAUCGGCUCGCUGCAGUUCGGUUACAACACGGGAGUCAUCAACGCUCCGGAGCAGAAACUUCGGUCUUUCUUCAAUAACACCUGGGUGGAGCGUUAUGGCGAGUCCAUCAGCCCGGGGAUUUGCACCAUCGUCUGGAGCAUCGCUGUUGCCAUCUUCAGUGUGGGAGGAAUGGUGGGCUCCUUCAGUGUGGGGGUCAUGGCCAACACGUUUGGCAGACGGCGCUCCAUGUUCUUGGUGAACUCUCUGGCAGUGAUCGGAGGCCUCCUCAUGGGCUUCUCCACCAUAUGCUCCUCUUACGAGAUGGUGAUCGCCGGUCGACUGGUCAUCGGUCUGUUCUGUGGUCUCUUCACUGGUCUAACUCCCAUGUACGUGGGCGAGGUGUCGCCAACACCGCUCCGUGGGGCUUUCGGCACGCUGCACCAGCUUGGUGUGGUGGUGGGCAUCCUGAUCGCUCAGAUCUUUGGUUUGGAGUUUCUGCUGGGCUCAGACAAGCUGUGGCCCCUGCUGCUGGCCCUUACUGUGGCCCCCGCGGUGCUGCAGUGCAUCCUGCUGCCUUUCUGUCCUGAGAGCCCCCGUUUCCUGCUGAUUAACCUGAAACAAGAGGAGCAGGCACGCAAAGCGCUGGUCCGUCUGCGAGGCACCGAAGACGUGAGCAAAGACCUGCAGGAGAUGAAGGAGGAGAGCGCCAAGAUGGCUCAGGAGAAGAAGGUGACCAUCGCUGAGCUGUUCCGCUCGGCGUCCUACAGGCAGCCCCUCCUCAUCGCCGUCAUGCUGCAGCUCUCCCAGCAGCUCUCAGGGAUCAACGCUGUGUUCUACUACUCCACGGGGAUCUUUGGCUCGGCAGGAGUGAAGCAGCCCAUCUACGCCACCAUCGGAGCCGGCAUCGUCAACACCGUCUUCACCGUCGUUUCUCUCUUCCUGGUGGAAAAGGCGGGACGGAGGACUCUCCACCUCCUGGGAUUGGGAGGAAUGGCUGUCAGCGCUCUCCUCAUGACCAUUUCUCUCCUGCUGAAGCACAUCCCAGCUAUGAGCUACGCGGCAAUCCUGGCUGUCAUGCUCUUUGUGGCUAUGUUUGAGUUGGGCCCCGGUCCAAUCCCAUGGUUCAUUGUGGCCGAGCUCUUCUCCCAGGGGCCCCGUCCUGCAGCCAUGGCUGUUGCUGGUUGCUGUAAUUGGACAGCCAACUUCCUGGUUGGAAUGAGCUUUCCCAAACUAGUGGAGUGGUGUGGUCCGUGGGUGUUCCUCAUCUUCACUGCCUUCCUCAUCAUCUUUUUCGUCUUCACGUUCUUCAAAGUCCCGGAGACGAAGGGAAAAACCUUUGAAGAGAUCGCCCGCGGCUUCGGCAGCGCUCCACCUCCCGCCGCCUCUUCCGCCGAGGAGCCUCCUGCCACCUCCAGCACCGCCGUGACGCUUCCAGCCUCACCGGAGAAGGAGAAGGUCCCGCUGGUUGAAGCGCCAGCAGCCGUUCAGGUCUCCGUGCCGGCAGCCGAAACAACUCCGCUCACAGAGAAACCCGGCGCGACCGAAGAGAAAGUAGAGCAGGUGUAGAUGAAGUUUUAUUACGUGGGAGAGAUUGUAUUUGAAGGAAGAGUCACUAAAAAACUGAGGAAACUACUUCAGCAUUGCUCACACUUUCUUUUCAAAAAGUUCUGUCUGUCUUCUAAAAAUCUUGACAUUCCUGAGGAAUCGGGUGCGUUCAAUAAAAGUGUGUGUCUGCAGUCAGACCGACACACACCUCUGGUUAAUUACCACUGAAGCUGGGUUCAGGUCCAGCUGGUAUGUUCCUUACUGCAGGAAAGGGCGGUCAACAGGAAUUCUGAUUUUCUGAAUUGUGUUACAGGUGUUUUCAUAAAUACAGCUUCUGAGUUCAGGUCCAAGUGAGUUAAAGUGGCGUGGAUCACCACGGAUACACUUUUUAAUUAACCUGUUGUCUUUUAUGUAAGGAGAGUUUUAAUGACUAGGGCAGUAGUUGUACUUUGAGGAGGUGCUUUCUGACCGCAGGUUUAAUAAGAUGUUUUCUGAGACGCGUCGCCUUUUCCUCGCAAAAUAACAGGAUUAUUACCAAAGUACGUCACCUCCCGAUGA